AUGGCCCCAAUGGCGCGCGUCGACCACGACGCCCUUGAGCAGCAGCUCAAAGACACCAUCCAAACCCUCACGAACCUGAUGGUGCAAGUAACCAACUACGACACCACAUCCUCCUCACCCUCCCCACACACCCCCAACACACGCGCCUCGUCGCGGGACAUCGUAGCCAACGAGCUACGCACCCUCUCCGCGAACCUGCAAGCAAUCCACAACCGCGCCCUAGCUAGCGGCACAAACGAGCUACCGCGCAUCCCGCCGGAGUUAAUCCAGUACGUGGACAACGGGCGCAAUCCAGACAUCUACACGCGCGAGUUCGUCGAGCUGGUCCGUCGCGGCAACCAGCUCGCGCGCGGGAAGCAGGGGGCUUUUGCGUCGUUUCGGGAUGUGUUGGCGGGGGAGAUGGAUAAGGCGAUGCCGGAGCUGCGGGAGGAUACGGCGAGGGUGGUUGGGAAUACGAAGGGUCGGCGAUGA